AUUAAAGGCAGAAUAUAAAUCCUACUCUUUGGUUUGGUUUUAAAAUUAAGGCUCUUUACGAAUCAGUUGCUGAUUUUGUGAUAUUUAUUAUAACAUAUAUUGGCCGAACUAUAAACAGUGGUAUCCAAUCUCUACUUUCCAUAACAGUUCACAUAUUCUCAAUACAUGACAUAGCAUUUUUAUCUUGGAUUAGGAUAAAAGAGCCAUACUCUGAUCCUCAAGGCGUGAAUUGCAAUGCGUUUAAAUUGGUUAGCAAGGCUAAACCCAGGUUAUUCCCCUUUCUGUCACAUGUUUAGCGGGAUGGAGGUUGUAUUAAGGCGCUGUGCAAUAACAUUUCCGAGCAAGAAGAUAGUUGUAAUACUUGGAAACUCAGUCACUAGAAUUCGUGAAAUCGUUCCAAAGACGAGGAACCGUCCCCUCGGCUGGCUCCGGCUUUGCAGGGCUCAGGACCAGGCUUGAAGUUCCGCCCUGGGGGAUCCUCGCUGCGCCGGGAUGGCUCUCAGCUCCCGAGCUCACGCCUUCUCUGUUGAAGCCCUAGUGGGGAAAUCCGCGAAGAGGAAACUGCCCGAUUUGAGAGACGAGAAACAAGAGCCCCGCACAGAGAAGGGCGAGGAGGCCGGGACUGGCUGCAGAGCGAGAGAGAAAAGCCAGGAACCUGAAAAGAGGCCGAAAGCAGACGCGUCGGCUUCUUUCUCGGCGAGUGCCGAGGGCCGAGAAGCGAAGGAGGACGUCCAAGUGGAACUGCAAGGGUCUGAACUCUGGAAAAGGUUUCAUGAGAUCGGCACGGAAAUGAUUAUCACCAAAGCUGGCAGGAGAAUGUUUCCCUCUGUCAGGGUGAAAGUGAAGGGCCUGGAGCCAGUGAAACAAUAUUACAUCGCAAUUGACGUGGUCCCUGUGGACUCCAAAAGAUACAGGUACGUCUACCACAGCUCCCAGUGGAUGGUGGCUGGGAACACGGACCACUCCUGCAUAACGCCCAGGCUCUACAUCCACCCCGAUUCCCCCUGCUCGGGAGAGACCUGGAUGAGGCAAAUCAUCAGCUUCGACAGGGUGAAACUCACCAACAAUGAGAUGGACGACAAGGGGCAUAUUAUUCUGCAGUCCAUGCACAAGUACAAGCCCAGAGUGCACGUCAUUGCUCAGGACUCCAGGUUCGACCUGUCCCAGAUCCAGUCUCUGCCAGCGGAAGGGGUUCAAACGUUUUCAUUCAAAGAAACCGAAUUCACCACUGUCACGGCUUAUCAAAACCAGCAGAUUACCAAACUGAAAAUAGACAGGAAUCCCUUUGCUAAAGGAUUUAGAGAUCCUGGGAGAAACAGGGGAGUUCUGGAUGGACUUUUGGAAACAUAUCCAUGGAGGCCACCACUUACUCUGGAUUUUAAGACUUAUGCUUCAGAAACCCAUGAUGGGAGUUCUGGUUCUUCUCCUGCAACCUCCAGUGGUGGGACGCCAUCUCCUCUGAAUUCCUUGCUUUCUCCAUCUUGCUCACCUCCUACAUUUCACUUGUCAGCGAGCAGCAUUGGAAUGUCAUGCCCUGAAACAUAUCUACAUAAUCUCAACUUGCCCCUUUACUACAAGAUUUGCCCUACAAGCCUUUUGAGACAACAGUCACUUGUAUUUCCAAGUCAUGAAAAACUGGGAGGCACCAACCCACAUGUUUUACACCACUUCAUGGUGGAUGUGCCUGGGCUGUCUUCCCUUGGCAUAACAAAUCUGAAAAAUGGUAAAUCUGAAGAUUUAACUGGGCAGUGUCUACAAGUAUCCAACUCUGCUAAUCAAAUGGUGUAUGGAUUACAUGCAUCUGGAAACAUUUUCCCAUCAAGUCCCACUGCUCGGGAAGCUCUUAAUUGUUCUUUACAUUCUCCAUAUGGCUUGUAUGGUUAUAACUUUUCUAUGCCAUCUAGACUGAUGAACGCAGCGAGCCAUUUCAAAGUGAAUGACAGCAUUCCGACUUCUUUUAGAGAUGGCAGAUGUAAUGAUUCUAACUGGCACUCAGCAAUUAACCAUUGCCUCUAAUGGAACCAUAUAACAUUUCUAACGCAAUGACAUGUAAGCAAGUCUUUUCUUCAAUCAUUCCCAAAGGUUUGCUGAUUAUUGUACAUACCGUGCUUCAUAGUAGAAGAUUGAUUUUUAACUUUUCAUAUGCAACUGUGUUGUAAGCAAUGUUCUGAGCAUGGGAGACAACAAAAUAUCCAAGAACAGAGAAAUGCCGUUUGGUAAGAGUUAUUUAUGCAAGGUUCAUAGCAUAGGUGGAAACUU